AUGGAAGCCGAAACCUCAUCCUCACUACUUGAUAAUCUCCCCAAUGAGCUGGUCAUUGCGAUCCUCUCCAAACUACCAGCCGGGGAUGUGGCACGAAACUUAUACCAAACCGGGCGUCGCCUCCGCCAUUUUGUAACGGCGAAUCAGAAGAAAAUGGCUUUAUUGCCGACCCAUUGCCAUGCGGCUGUUAUGGAUGCCGAAGAACGACCGGGUUUUCAGCCAUAUAUUACUUAUACCUUUACCGCAUUUGAUGAAACUGCGCCAGGAUACGCAAAAAGUCUACGAUAUUGCUCCAAUGGAAACGAUCUCAGAUUUAAGGCCCUGCUUGUGCAAAUCUCAAGAUUUGGCGGCCUAUCCUUUACACUGGCUCGCCAGAAUAGUGCUCGAGAGCUCGAAAUAGCCGGGCAAGAGCGGCUGGACGAGUUUACCGGAAAAACGUUGCUUUCACGGAUGUGUAUUGUAGCUGCAAGGUAUGAUGUGCAGAAGUGCGGGAAGAAAAGUUCAUUCAGGCUGUAUGACGAUACAUUGUGCCAUGUCCUGGAUUUUUGCCAGCAACUCUGUGGUGACGUCAAGAUUAAAAGCCUCUACUUAGCAUCUGCCAAUCCGCGAUUUACCUGGGAUUGGUCGCCGAGAAGCAAAGAAAAAUUUCAAACGCUUACUUCGCUUGAAUCAUUGACCACGGAAGGGUUGCCGGCUUUUGAUGUUAUCACCCAACAAUCAAUGUAUGGUAUGUCGAAACUGUCCUACUUACAACUCCGGCUUAACCAUGGACAUCGAGAGGAAUUUGCAAAUAGAAUGAUAUGGCUGCCAGAUAACAACUUCUUGUCGUAUUUUUCCGACCUUGCACUUCACAAACUCGACGUUGAUCUGUACAGUCUUGGAGAUGUCGUCAUCACCUCAAUUGGCGCCAAAGAAAUGUGUUAUUUCAUUAAGGCUUGGCGCAAAAUGGUGCAACCCUGGAAGAUUAAGAAAAUUAUUUUUAAUACAAGCACAGCCAUCAGCGAAUUCCGGACGACAGCAACCCAAAUGGGUCUGCAUCGGACCGAUGCGCUACAGGAUAUACCCUACUGCCGUUUUAGAACCCACCAUCCUAGCGACCCAAAUAUGGCCUUGGAAUUGAUUUGUUAUGGAGGAGUUAGCUCCACGAAGUGGAAGAUGAUCAGCGGCUACUUGGAAUCUCCUAUUCGCCGUAGGAAU